GCCUCGAGUUCACGUGAUCGCGCGUGGUGCGAGAGAACCUGACCCCAGCUGCCGGCCUUCACGCCGCGGUGUUUUCACGCGGUAGCUCGUCGGGGCCUGGCUCUUCGGUGAUCUGUGCGUCGCUGCAUCCCCUCUGCUUCGGGUUACUCCCCGAGCACUGUCAGCCAUGCGGUUUCUCGCUGUGGCUCCAGGUGGGCCCCGGUGGGGCAGUCACCGUCGCCUGCCCGCCUGUAGCCCAGCGCCACUGCUCCUCCUGCUGUUGAGCGGCUGCCUGGAGGCUCCGGGUCUGGCGGCUGGCUCUCGGAGGCCCAAUGUGGUGCUCCUCCUCACCGACGAUCAGGACGCAGUGCUUGGCGGCAUGACACCAUUAAAGAAAACCAAGGCUCUUAUUGGAGAGAUGGGGAUGACUUUUUCCAGUGCCUAUGUGCCAAGUGCGCUUUGCUGCCCCAGCAGAGCCAGUAUUCUGACAGGAAAGUACCCACAUAAUCAUCAUGUUGUUAACAACACUUUGGAGGGAAACUGCAGUAGCACAUCGUGGCAGAAGACCCAGGAGCCAAAUACUUUCCCAGCAAUACUGAGGUCCAUGUGUGGUUACCAAACUUUUUUUGCAGGGAAAUAUUUAAAUGAGUAUGGAUCUCUGGAUGCAGGUGGUCUAGAACAUGUUCCUCUGGGCUGGAGUUACUGGUAUGCUUUGGAAAAGAAUUCUAAAUACUAUAAUUAUACCCUCUCCAUCAAUGGAAAGGCACGGAAACAUGGUGAAAACUAUAGUGUGGACUACCUGACAGAUGUUCUGGCUAAUGUCUCCUUGGACUUCCUGGACUACAAAUCUAACUUUGAGCCAUUCUUCAUGAUGAUCUCCACGCCAGCCCCUCAUUCACCUUGGACAGCUGCACCUCAAUACCAGAAGACUUUCCAGAAUGUUUUUGCACCAAGAAGCAAGAAUUUCAACAUCCACGGAAUGAACAAGCACUGGUUAAUUAGGCAAGCCAAGACACCUAUGACUAACUCCUCAAUACAGUAUUUAGAUAAUGCAUUUAGGAAAAGGUGGCAAACUCUGCUCUCAGUUGAUGACCUUGUGGAAAAAUUGAUCAAGAGACUGGAAUUUACCGGGGAGCUCAACAACACCUACAUCUUUUUUACCUCAGACAAUGGCUAUCACACAGGACAGUUUUCUUUGCCAAUUGACAAAAGACAACUGUAUGAGUUCGAUAUCAAAGUUCCACUGCUGGUCCGAGGACCUGGGAUUAAACCAAAUCAGACAAGCAAGAUGCUUGUUGCCAACAUUGACUUGGGUCCUACUAUUUUGGACAUUGCUGGCUAUAACGUGAAUAAGACACAGAUGGAUGGAAUGUCCUUACUGCCCAUAUUGAGAGGUGGCAGUAAUUUGACUUGGCGAUCUGAUAUCUUGGUGGAAUAUCAAGGAGAAGGCCGCAAUGUCACUGACCCAACCUGUCCAUCUCUGAGUCCUGGAGUAUCUCAAUGUUUCCCAGACUGUAUUUGUGAAGAUGCAUACAACAACACCUAUGCUUGUGUGAGGACAAUGUCAGCACUGUGGAACUUACAGUACUGCGAGUUUGAUGACCAGGAGGUGUUUGUAGAAGUCUAUAAUCUGACUGCAGACCCAGACCAAAUCACUAACAUUGCUAAAACUAUAGACCCAGAGCUUUUGGGAAAGAUGAACUACCGGUUAAUGAUGCUACAGUCCUGUUCUGGACCAACCUGUCGUACUCCAGGGGUUUUUGAUCCCGGAUACAGGUUUGAUCCUCGUCUUAUGUUCAGCAAUCACGGCAGCAUCAGGACACGACGGUUCUCGAAACAUCCUCUGUAGUGACAGUGUGUGGCCUCCCACAGUCGGAUCCCUGCACACCUCUCUCUGAUGAAGUGAGCAUAGUAGGUGUCUGUAGGUCAUCUUUGAGAACACACCUGGAAGAGCUUUGGACUGGCUGUUUUAAGUCCUGUUUGAAAAGCAACCUAAUCAGUUGACUUCCUUGUGCAACUUGUUAAACUGUGAACUCUGUCCACGAGUCAGGAGUGACUUUCCUCAGUCUUUCCCUCAGAUGGUACUGAACUCUCCUGAGUCUUUGUUCCCGCUGUAUCAUUUCUGUUCUGGGGCCACAAUUCUUGAUUAUCCCCUGUGUGGUCAAAGUCUGAAUUUGUGAGUCCAUUCAGGGAAAUGGCAGUACUUUAGGACAAAAAAGAAGGAAACUUGUUAUAUAGCCUAACCUAAAAGCAAAGGAUAUGCAUAACAUUUCAGACUGAGCACUCAACUGUCAAAAAUACUAGCAUCACCUGGCUUGAGGAAUAACCAUCAGAGCUGAAUCAUCUGAUUAAGAAUAAGUUCCAUUGUUUUUAAAUAAGUAGAGAUGCAUUGUUUAUAAAAAUCUAUCACAGUGGGAUAAAUUAAGGUAGCAAAUUCAAAACUUGUUAGCCAAAUUCUGUUUGUUGCUUUAAGGUUGUGGGCUGAUGCUGUACAAGUGGCUCCUGAAGGCAGUGAAUGUCUACUUUCCAGUGGCCGCCAAUCCCAUGAGGGCCAAUCAACACUGGUAGUAUUAAAGAAGCAUCUUUUGUUUUGAGACUUCCUCCUUGAAACAGGCUGAGGAGAUUGGGGAGAAAGAAGAGCCCUUUUGUUUGCUGGGAGCCUAGAUAGGGCUCUUGGGUUGACAGGUAGGUUUGGACACUUAUGAAGUGCCUGGCCUGCAGUGUCGGUGCCAUGUGUGAAGUCAUUUUGACUAUCUACAUUUUGCUGUCAUUCUCUUGAUUCAAGAUUCACAAAUUGCUUCUAGUUGAUACAAAGUAUCAACUACUUCACCCCAGCUUACUCCUUUUCAGACAGGUUCUUCCAGAGUUUUUGGAGUCUUAAAAUAUAAAAUGAGGACUCUAGUAAUCCUGUGUCAAGUCAGAUCUGUUCGAUUUUUCUGUUUAGCCCACAUUUUUGUUUCUUGGCUUGAAAACUAAUUUCAUUUCCAACAUUUGCUUCACAAGAAUGCUAAUUGGUGGUACAGACAGGAGGGGAGAAAGUCAUGGCUUAUAACCUGUUCACUCAGGCAAUAUGAGAUUUUAGCUUUAUUGAAGGCCUUCUGUCAAGCUUUAAGCACUUUGUAGGACAUGGCCACAAGGAUCUUUUCUAUUAGAAUUCCAGACAGCCAUGUGGGUUUAAUAGCCAUUGGGUUUAUCACUUUACCUCAUGUCUCCCCAGCAACUGUGGUAAUUAUCUAGAGCUGAGAAAGCAAGUGGAAAGAACACCUCUGCUGUGAACAUUUGAAAAGUCUCCUCCAGUGUAACUAAAAGCAAACUACAAUGUUGAAUAUGGGUAUUGGCUUUAUUCUCCACUUUUACAUUUUUGGACAACUUUGACAUUAAUGAAAGUUGGCCACAGUUAUUCCCAAAUAAAAAGAAACCAUCUCUUAUCAGGUCUUGUACUAUGAUGUCAUGUUAUUCAGUUUUAUGAAAGCAGGUGAAGUCAUGAGGGUGACCCAGGCCAGUUGCCAGCAGUGUCUGUGCCACAGAGCUCUUACAUUCAGCUCACAUGUUUCAGUGGUAGAGUGUGGCAGGGCUCUCUGUACUCUUAGUUUUGGGACCUUUCUCCUAGUCUUGGAGUGAAGAGAUGUCAGUUUAUGUCUUCACAGACUGUAAAGUGCACUGAUGUUUCCAGAAUGUUUAUGAGGGACCCACUUCCAAGGGGUUCACUUUGUUCUUAAUUCUGAUUUAGAUUUUGAUUGUUUUCCCUUUUAAGAAGGUUGGGUCCAUGUCUGUCGUUGCUUUUCAGUGAAGAGGACUGUAAGUCAUUCAGAUGAACAGAAAGCCUUAGGAAUGAAAAGAGAUUUUGCCUUACAUGAUUUCCUGUUACAAAACUGUCCCUCACAUUCAGUUUCAUGGUAAAGAACACAUUUUACGUAUCUUCAAGCUUGACCAGCGGUGCUGUUGCAAACACAUUUUAAUUGACAACAUUGGAAUUUUUGUACAAAAUGAUAACCAUGGGAGUUUUACCUUAAUCUGUAAAAAAGAAAAAAAAAGUGCUAAAUUUCUAAGUGUCUAAAUUAAGGAUUAAAGCUUUUUAAUGAAACAUGAGUUGCCCUAGAAUCCUUAAGAGAAAGCAAAAGUUAUUUCAACUGACCCACCAAUAGAAUUAGAUGCGCAUAUUUGGUUUCUUAGGUUUUUCCACCUCUUGAUUCCCACCAAAUUGUGUAAAGUCCUAUGUUUAUGCAUCAUCUGUUACAAGUUAUUCCACCCUGGAUCUGUGUCAUCUCAGCCAUUUCACUUAGAAAGUGCUCUUCAAAGGACCCUGUUCACUGCUGCACUUUUCAAUGAAUUAAAAUUUAUUUCUGUUCUAGUGAGAA